ACGCAUUAUCACUUCUGAAUAAGUUCUAUGUUUGUUAUUUUUCUUAACAAGUAUCACGUCAUUGAUAAAUAAAGCACUUUGUUAAAGAUCAGUGAAACAGUCAACUCAGUGAUCACAUAACAUUUAAACGGCGAAGAAAAUAAAGCACAAGUAAGAAAUAGUGAUGUACUUCUAAAAAUAAACGGUAUUCGUGUGAAAUAAGAACGAUGGCCUUAAAAAUAAGUGGACUGAGUGUACAAGAUGUCGUGAAGGUGCUCAAAAGCAGUGACAUGAAUGAGUUCGUUGAUUUUGUGAAGGAGAAACAGAUAAACGGUGAAAAGUUAUUAGAUGUCUCUGAGGGGGUUGUGAAAAUAUGGCGUCCAAAUAUCAAUGCGAACAAAUUCAUACUAUUCGUAAAAGAUUUUAAAAACAAUCCGCAAAAAUUCCUUACUUGUUUGAAUAAUGAUGAUAUUGUCACGAUAAAAGAAACAAAUCUGUGCAGCGAAAAUCAGUACCAAACUGUUAGCGUCCGCAAGAUAAGUCAACAGGAAACGAUCAACUUCAGCACCGUUGAGGAGAUCUUGAAAAAGAUUACGGCUCCGAAAAGUUUUUUGUACAGAAAUCACACAAAAAAACAAGAACGAUCAUCUUACGUACCCAUGGAUGGCGGGUCAGCUAAGAAACCUAACAAAUUCUUUCGUCUAAGCUUGUACGAAUAUCCCAUUUUCGACCUUAAGUCACGUUUUUCGAAGACUGAUAAUUGUAAUGACAGAGGUUAUUAUUCUGUUAAGACGGAUAAGACGUUUCAUAUUCAGAAAACUUGUAAAAAGUCAGAAUCGAGACCUAAAUACAAAUCUCUAACUACAGCAGAAGAAUUGAAUGAUAAAAUAACAGAAGAUCAUUUUUACGAAGAUCUGUGUUACAAUGAUAUCAGGGAUACAAAGAGAGGUAGUAUAAAAGACUUAAAUAAAUUUCCAACGAAUCAAGCAAAGCCUUGUAUCGUUAAGAUACAGGAGUUGUUUCAAUCUCUUAAGUUACCGUUCUUUAGAAAGACAGAAGUAGCCGUAGAAAGAGACGAAAAUAUAAAACAAAACGAUAAACAAAUAGAAAGAGAAGGCAAUGUAUAUGAGAACAGCUCGAAUGAUAUGUACGAUUCGAUACAUGUUGCGAGGGAAAAUUAUCCACAAGCAGAUGAACCAGGUCCCGAGUUAGCUGUUGAUGAUUACUUGGAACCGGUGCAAGUGAGCAGGGAUUAUUGCGAUGUCUGUCUCAAACAGAGAGACGAUUCACUGCUGGGAUUUAUUAUGAAUUACUUCGAGAGUCGGCUCGGCAUCAAGCGAGAAACGAACGACGUCACACAAUCCGAAGAAUCAGAGACGGAGGCGUCCUGCGAAAGGGAAUGGGAACGUAACAACAUGGCGGCCCGGCCGUUACCGGUGCCGGUGGAGAACGAGCCGUUUUACAUGAGCAUCGACAGGACGGAGGCAGAAAACCUUUUGAUGGGACAACCGGAUGGGACAUUCAUAUUGAGACCCUCGAGUCAGCCAAACCACGCGUAUACACUGAGCGUGUCCUGUGCUAACUCGGUCCACAACGUUGGUGUAAGGCGGCGACCAGAUGGGCGACUGGCGCUUGGCUUCGCUCGACGCGGCGAACGCAGCUUCACUAGUGUGGCUUCAUUGCUACGACACCAUAAGAAGAAGAGGCUCCUACUGGUAGCGGGCGGAGAGAUGAUUGGGGCGACUACACUCAAUGAGACGCCGCAGUACUACCAGAUCCCAAGCAAUCUUCCCGUCAUGCGUUGCCCUUGAUUUGACAAUGAAAUUGUUAAUUUGUAUAGCAUACUUUAUUUUCAUAAUGGUCGGUUUCUAUAUUUAAAGGAAAUUUAAUGUCCAUCAGAAGCCGAUCGUUUGUGAGUUUGUGAGUAUCGAGUCGUUAAAAUCAUGCGACUUCGUGAUUUACGCAUUUGAAUU